UGAACAUCAAAUGAGCCUUCAAACACCAAAUUCAACUCAUUCCUAGUGUUCUUCACCAAUCAGAUCAAAGCUUUGGACUUUUCUCAGAGUCUUUCAUCUCUAGCAAAUGGGGAUUCGAUUGCUAUCCUUGGUUCCUCAUGCCAAGCAGAUCCUAAAGAUGCAGUCAGGUUUUACCAAAAGUCAGUUGGAUGUGCCAAAAGGCCAUGUGGCUGUUUAUGUAGGAGAGAUUCAAAGAAAGCGGUUUUUGGUUCCAAUUUCUUACUUAAACCAUCCAUCAUUCCAAAAACUACUCAGCCAUGCAGAGGAAGAGUUUGGCUUCCAUCAUCCACAAGGGGGUCUAACAAUUCCUUGCAAGGAGGAUGCCUUCAUUGAUCUCACCUCUAGAUUGCAAGUAUCUUGAAGGAUGCAGAAGAAAGGACAAUCAUAUGCCAUUUUUUACAAAUUUUUUUCCGACUCAUUUACUUUUCGACACAUGCUAGAGUGUUGUAGAGUGGGAAACCUUCCUACCUGUAAAUGAGUUGCAUUGUAAAGAUACAUUUACUGACAGAAUUAAUGAAAAAUAGAUCAA